UUCUUUAUUUGUAAAGACCUCGAUUUUGUCUCGUGGUCUCAUGUUAGAAAGGAUGGGAACUCGGUCGCUCAUUACCUUGCUAGAUUAGUGUGCUUUGGUGUUGAACAAGUGUGGAAGAAUCAUUAUCCUACGGAUGUAUCUUCGUAUGUUUUUACGAACAAAUUGUCCAUUAAUUAAUAAAUAGCACUAAUUGGUUUUUCUAAAAAAUAAAAAAAUAAAUAAAAAAAUAAAAGAUUAGCCAUUAAGACGGUAAUAACACACAAAGUUGAUUUAUAUUCAAAGAUUGCACGUAAUUAAAAAAAAAAAAAAAAAAGUGGGCCUAAAUUAGUCAACUCACAAAACCUUGAAAUCAAGCGACUCUUCAACCACUACUAUCAAGUUCUUUUUCUACUCUAAAUUUCGUUAAAUGCUGUUAAUUUUAAUUUGUUUGAUUAUGAAAUGAUCCUAAACCAAAAGCUUUAUAAAAUUAUAUACUGCAUUUGCAAUACCCAUGAUUUUAUAAAAAUAAAAAAUACCCAUGUGAGGAUAUUCACCUGCAUCAAAGUUGAAGUCAAAUAAAUUCAAAGUUAAAUAAAAGAAUUAUGCAUUUGCUCAGAUCCCAAAUUUCAAAUUUUUUGUUGGUAUAAAUAAAUUGACGCAAAUUAUUCACUGAUGAAAAAGCACUGAUUUUUGAGCUAGCUGGUGUAUUUUCUGAGCUGAAGUGAUGAAGAAAUUAUCACCCAGAUUGUGAUUUGUGAGAUGUUUGUUUGACUUUUUUUUAUCUUUAGUUUCAGAAAAUUUCACUGUUAGUUAGUUGGUGAUUAACUAGUGUUGACAUUUGAGAUUUUGUUAGUAAAAUCAUGAUUGAAGAAGAAAACCCAGAAACUAAGUUGAAAGAAAUGGAGGAAGAAGAUGAUAAAAAUGUGUCCAAAUUUGGGUAUUGGGAUUAUAUAUGGGGACCAUUGAAUUGGCUCAAAAUGCUUGCAAAAGAGAUGCAUUGGAGUUUUGUGUUUGGGGUGGUGAUUGUGUAUGGAUUUAGUCAGGGUUUGGGUGGAGCCCUAAAUCGUGUCGGUACCGAGUAUUACAUGAAGGAUGUGCAGAAAUUGCAGCCUUCAGAGGCACAGAUUUAUCAGGGGUUUACUGCAAUUCCUUGGAUGGUUAAACCCAUUUGGGGUCUAAUGACAGAUGUGGUUCCUGUUCUAGGGUAUCAUAGAAGGCCUUACUUCAUAUUUGCAGGUAUCCUUGGUAUAGUGCCCAUGUUGUACUUAUCUUUGCACCAGCAGAUGCAUAUCUUCUUCGCAGUGCUGUCUUUAACAAUAGGGAGUACAGGGGCAGCAAUAGCAGAUGUAACUGUUGAUGCAUGUGUAGCACAGAACUCUAAUAAGCAUCAACAUCUUGCUCCAGACAUGCAAAGUUUAUGUUCCUUGAGCUCUUCCAUUGGAUCACUCCUGGGAUUCUUUCUCAGUGGUCUCUUGGUUCACUUCAUUGGCCCACAGGGGGUCUUUGGAUUGCUGGCAAUCCCAGCAGCACUUAUAUGUCUGGUGGGAAUCACACUUCAAGAGCCUCAGACGGUGAACUUCUCUUACAAACAGGUUGGCCAGAAGUUCCUUGAUGCAACCAAAGCCAUGACAGACACACUGAAAUUGCCAGAUGUGUGGCGGCCAUGUCUAUAUCUGUACCUCAGCAAUGCUAUGAGUCUCAAUAUCUAUGAUGGAAUGUUUUAUUGGUAUACUGAUUCAGAUGCAGGCCCGAAUUUUUCUCAGGAAUUUGUUGGCUAUAUUCUCUCCAUUGGUGCAGCUGGUGCCAUACUGGGAUCACUAUUAUACCAGUACGCUUUGAAAGAUCACCAAUUUCGGGAUCUAUGUUUCUGGAGUCAGCUUUUAUUAGGUCUUUCAGGGAUGCUUGAUUUGAUGUUGGUUUUACGAUUGAACUUGAAACUUGGCAUACCAGAUCAUAUCUUUGCAGUGCUCGAUGAAUGCGCAUUCCAGUUUCUUGGGAGGCUCAAAUGGAUGCCGCUUCUUGUUCUCAGUUCAAAGCUUUGCCCUUCAGGAAUAGAAGGCACCUUCUUUGCUCUAAUCAUGUCAAUUGGUAACAUUGGUACGUUCUCUUCGUCAUGGUUCGGAGGUAUCUUACUUCAUUCUCUGAAUAUCACAAGAACAGGUUUUGACAAUCUUUGGGUUGCCAUUUUGAUCCGUAACAUAGCUAGAAUCUCUCCACUCUUGGUCAUAUUUUUAGUACCGAGGACUGAUCCUACCUCUUCUAUUCUUCCAUCUAAAGCCUCAAGUACAGAAUCUGCAGAAACUCCGGAUGAUAGCAAAAUUGAGCUAGUAUCUCUCAUGACCAGUGUUGAUAGAAGAUGACAUUUUGCAGUCCUUUAUGUUGAGAUUUAGGGGAUAAUCUGUCUAGAUAGAUACGUGUAUUGGUUUUAGGGAACUUAGCUUCAGAGCAGCAGGACUCUAUAUUUCAUCUUCGGUGCCAUUGCUGGAGUGAAAUAGGUUCUAGUAUUCCUUCUCUAGCAAUACUAGUUACCGGCAUUUUGAUUCUUUUAUACCUAUGAAAUCAUUCUACAAAUUCUUUCGCAAUGAAAGAAAUCUAUUGUAAUUGAAAUUUCGGAAAGAGUUACUUAUUGAUUGCAAACAGAUUUUUGUAUCAUGAGUAAAGAUUAGUGAAAAAGAAAAUGAUAUACAAGCGAGCAUUUUCAUAAA